AUGGGUGACGCUGCCAUGAAAGAGUUUGGGGCAGCAGCCCCGUACCUAAGGAAGUCAGACAAGGAGCGUUUGGAGGCCCAGACUCGUCUCUUCGACAUGAAGAAGGAGUGCUUCGUUCCUGAUACUGAUGAGGAGUAUGUGAAGGCUUCCAUCACCAGCCGUGAGGGGGAUAAAGUCACUGCUCAGACUGAGAGAGGGAAGACUGUCACGGUGAAGGAGUGCGAUGUCCACCCUCAGAACCCGCCAAAGUUUGAUAAAAUUGAAGACAUGGCGAUGUUCACCUUCCUCCAUGAGCCCGCUGUGCUGUUCAACCUCAAAGAGCGUUACGCAGCAUGGAUGAUCUAUACCUACUCUGGGCUGUUCUGUGUGACUGUCAACCCCUACAAGUGGCUGCCAGUCUACAACAAAGAAGUGGUUGUUGCCUACAGAGGAAAGAAGAGGACUGAAGCUCCUCCUCAUAUCUUCUCUAUCUCUGACAAUGCCUACCAGUACAUGCUCACUGACAGAGAAAAUCAGUCAAUUCUCAUUACUGGAGAAUCUGGUGCUGGGAAAACUGUCAACACCAAGAGAGUCAUCCAGUACUUUGCCAGCAUCGCAGCUGGAGGGAAGAAAGACGGGAGCUCUGAUAAAAAGGGUACUCUUGAAGAUCAGAUCAUCCAGGCUAACCCUGCUCUAGAGGCCUUUGGUAAUGCCAAGACCAUCAGGAAUGACAACUCUUCCAGAUUUGGCAAAUUCAUCCGAAUUCACUUUGCAGCCAGUGGAAAACUGGCCUCAGCUGAUAUUGAGACAUAUCUGCUGGAAAAGUCCCGCGUCACCUUUCAGCUUAAGGCUGAGAGAGACUACCACAUCUUCUACCAGAUCCUGUCUCAGAAGAAACCUGAACUUCUUGAGAUGCUGCUCAUCACCAACAACCCCUAUGACUACGCCUUCAUCUCCCAAGGAGAGACAACCGUGGCCUCCAUCAAUGAUGCUGAAGAGCUGAUGGCCACUGAUGAUGCCUUUGAUGUGCUUGGCUUUACGCAAGAAGAGAAGAAUGGCAUUUACAAGCUGACUGGUGCCAUCAUGCAUUAUGGUAACAUGAAGUUCAAGCAGAAGCAGCGAGAGGAGCAGGCAGAGGCUGAUGGCACUGAAGAUGCUGACAAAGUCGCAUAUCUAAUGGGCCUGAACUCUGCUGACCUCAUCAAAGGUCUCUGUCACCCAAGAGUCAAAGUAGGCAAUGAGUGGGUCACCAAGGGACAAAAUGUCCAGCAGGUUUACUAUGCUAUUGGUGCACUGUCAAAGUCAGUGUAUGAGAAGAUGUUCCUGUGGAUGGUGGUGAGAAUCAACCAAUCCCUGGACACCAAGCAGCCUCGCCAAUACUUUAUUGGUGUGCUGGACAUUGCUGGAUUUGAGAUCUUUGAUUUCAACACCUUUGAGCAACUGUGCAUCAACUUCACCAAUGAAAAACUGCAACAGUUUUUCAACCACCACAUGUUUGUGCUGGAGCAGGAAGAGUACAAGAAAGAGGGCAUUGAAUGGACCUUCAUAGAUUUUGGUAUGGAUUUGCAGGCCUGUAUUGACCUGAUUGAAAAGCCCAUGGGUAUCAUGUCUAUCCUUGAAGAGGAGUGCAUGUUUCCCAAAGCCUCUGACUCCACCUUUAAAGCUAAGCUCUAUGACAAUCAUCUGGGGAAAUCCAACAACUUCCAGAAGCCAAGAAUUGUCAAAGGAAAACCAGAGGCCCAUUUUGCCCUGAUGCACUACGCUGGAACUGUUGAUUACAAUAUCAACAACUGGCUGGUGAAGAACAAGGAUCCACUGAAUGAGACGGUUGUAGGACUCUACCAGAAGUCUUCUCUCAAGAUGUUGAGUAUCCUCUUCGCAAAUUAUUCUGGAGCAGAAUCAUCUGAAAGUGGAAAAGGCAGCAAAGGAGGAAGCAAGAAGAAGGGCUCAUCCUUCCAAACUGUUUCUGCCUUGCACAGGGAGAACCUGAACAAGCUGAUGACCAACUUGAGGUCUACUCACCCUCACUUUGUACGCUGCAUCAUCCCCAACGAGACCAAGACUCCUGGGGCCAUGGAGAAUCCACUGGUGAUGCACCAGCUGCGCUGUAACGGUGUGCUGGAAGGCAUCAGGAUCUGCAGAAAGGGCUUCCCCAACAGGAUCCUCUACGGAGAUUUCAAACAGAGAUAUCGCAUCCUGAAUCCUGCUGCCAUCCCCGACGGUCAGUUCAUUGACAGCAGGAAGGGAGCUGAGAAACUUCUUGGGUCUCUGGAUAUUGAUCACAAUCAAUACAAGUUUGGACACACUAAGGUGUUCUUCAAGGCUGGUCUUCUUGGGCAACUGGAGGAAAUGAGGGAUGACCGUUUGUCACUCAUUAUCACUGGAAUCCAAGCGAGAUCAAGAGGUCUCCUGGCAAGAGUGGAAUUCCAGAAGAUUGUUGAAAGGAGAGAUGCACUAUUGGUGAUCCAGUGGAACAUCCGUGCCUUCAUGGGGGUCAAGAAUUGGCCCUGGAUGAAGCUGUUCUUUAAGAUUAAACCACUGCUGAGAUCUGCUGAGGCAGAAAAGGAGAUGGCCAACAUGAAGGAAGAAUUCCUGAAGCUGAAAGAAGCUUAUGCAAAGUCUGAAGCUCGUAGGAAGGAACUAGAGGAGAAAAUGGUAUCACUUCUCCAAGAGAAGAAUGACCUGCAGCUCCAAGUCCAGGCUGAGCAAGACAAUCUUGCAGAUGCCGAAGAAAGAUGUGAGGGGCUGAUCAAACACAAAAUUCAGAUGGAGGCAAAAGCCAAAGAGCUAUCUGAGAGACUCGAGGAUGAGGAGGAGAUGAACGCUGAACUCACAGCAAAGAAGCGGAAGUUGGAGGAUGAGUGCUCUGAGUUAAAGAAGGACAUUGACGACUUAGAGUUAACUCUGGCCAAAGUGGAGAAAGAGAAACAUGCCACUGAGAACAAGGUGAAGAACCUGGUCGAGGAGAUGGCAGCUCUGGAUGAAAUCAUUGCCAAGUUGACCAAGGAAAAGAAAGCCUUACAGGAAGCUCAUCAGCAAACACUGGAUGACCUGCAGAGUGAAGAAGACAAAGUCAACUCUCUGACCAAGGCCAAGUCUAAGCUGGAGCAGCAAGUAGAUGAUCUUGAAGGUUCUUUGGAACAAGAGAAGAAAGUAAGAAUGGAUCUUGAAAGAGCAAAGAGGAAGCUGGAGGGUGAUCUGAAACUGACCCAGGAGAGCCUCAUGGACCUGGAGAAUGACAAGCAACAACUUGAGGAGCAUCUGAAAAAGAAAGACUUUGAAGUCAGUCAGCUGAAUAGUAAAAUAGAGGAUGAGCAGGCCAUUGCCAUUCAGCUCCAAAAGAAACUGAAAGAGCUGCAGGCCCGCAUUGAAGAGCUGGAAGAAGAGCUUGAGGCAGAGCGAGCUGCUCGAGCCAAAGUGGAGAAGCAGAGAGCAGACUUGGCCAGAGAGCUGGAGGAGAUCAGUGAGAGGCUGGAGGAGGCUGGUGGAGCAACAUCUGCCCAGAUUGAGAUGAACAAGAAGAGGGAGGCUGAGUUCCAGAAACUCCGCAGAGACCUUGAAGAGGCCACUCUGCAGCAUGAAGCCACCGCUGCCACGCUCAGGAAGAAACAAGCUGACAGUGUUGCUGACCUGGGAGAGCAGAUUGACAACCUGCAGAGAGUCAAGCAGAAACUGGAGAAGGAGAAGAGUGAGCUCAAACUAGAGCUGGAUGAUGUGGUCUCCAAUAUGGAACAUAUUGUGAAGACAAAGACAAAUCUAGAGAAGACAUGUAGGACUACGGAAGAUCAGAUGAAUGAAUACAAGACCAAGUUUGAAGAGGCUCAACGCUGCAUCAAUGACUUCAAUAUGCAAAAAGCAAAGCUUCAAACUGAAAAUGGUGAGCUCUUACGGCAACUGGAGGAGAAGGAUUCCCUGGUGUCUCAACUCACAAGAGGAAAAAUGUCUUACACUCAACAGAUUGAAGACUUAAAGAGACAACUGGAAGAGGAGACCAAGGCAAAGAGUGCUCUGGCCCAUGCAGUGCAGUCUUCUCGUCAUGACUGUGACCUGCUCAGGGAGCAGUAUGAGGAGGAGCAGGAGGCCAAGGCUGAACUGCAGCGCAGCAUGUCAAAGGCCAACUCUGAGGUGGCUCAGUGGAGAACUAAGUAUGAAACCGAUGCCAUCCAGAGGACUGAGGAACUGGAAGAGGCCAAGAAAAAGCUGGCUCAGCGUCUGCAGGACGCUGAGGAGGCUGUUGAAGCAGUGAAUGCUAAAUGCUCCUCUCUGGAGAAGACCAAACACAGACUGCAGAAUGAGAUUGAAGAUCUCAUGGUGGAUGUGGAGAGGUCUAAUGCUGCUGCUGCUGCUCUGGACAAGAAGCAACGAAACUUUGACAAGGUCCUGUCUGAGUGGAAGCAGAAGUAUGAAGAGUCUCAGUGUGAGCUGGAGAGCUCUCAGAAGGAGGCCAGGGCUCUGAGCACUGAACUCUUCAAGCUGAAGAACUCUUACGAGGAGUCUCUGGAUCACCUGGAGACCAUGAAGAGAGAAAACAAGAACUUACAGGAGGAGAUAUCUGACCUCACUGAGCAACUUGGUGAGGGAGGUAAGAGCAUCCAUGAACUUGAGAAAUUACGGAAGCAACUGGAACAGGAGAAGAAUGAGAUCCAGUCUGCUCUUGAGGAAGCUGAGGCCUCCCUGGAGCAUGAAGAGGGUAAGAUUCUAAGAGCCCAGUUAGAGUUCAAUCAAGUUAAAGCUGACAUUGAACGCAAACUAGCUGAGAAAGAUGAGGAGAUGGAGCAGUGCAAGAGGAACCUGCAGAGGACCAUUGAUACCCUACAAAGCUCUCUGGAAGCUGAGUGUCGCAGCAGGAAUGAGGCCCUGCGUCUGAAGAAGAAGAUGGAGGGAGACCUCAAUGAGAUGGAGAUCCAGCUCAGCCAGGCCAACAGGCAGGCAGCUGAGGCCCAGAAACAACUUAAAUCUGUUCAUGCGCAUCUGAAGGAUUGCCAAAUUCAGCUCAAUGAAUCUGUUCGGGCCAAUGAUGAUCUUAAAGAGAACAUUGCCAUCGUUGAGAGGCGCAACAACCUGCUUCAGGCUGAGCUGGAGGAACUGAGGGCUGCUCUGGAGCAAACCGAAAGAAGUCGCAAACUUGCUGAGCAAGAGCUGCUGGAUGUUAGUGAGAGGGUGCAGCUACUGCACUCACAGAACACCAGCCUGAUAAACCAGAAGAAGAAACUUGAGAUUGAUGCAUCCCAGCUUCAAACUGAAUUGGAGGAAGCAGUGCAGGAGUGCAGAAACGCAGAGGAAAAGGCCAAGAAGGCCAUUACUGAUGCUGCCAUGAUGGCAGAGGAGCUGAAGAAAGAGCAGGACACCAGCGCUCACCUGGAGCGCAUGAAGAAGAACAUGGAGCAAACCAUUAAAGACCUGCAGCACCGUCUGGAUGAAGCUGAACAGAUCGCCAUGAAGGGAGGCAAGAAGCAGGUGCAGAAGCUCGAGGCCAGGGUGAGGGAGCUUGAAAAUGAAGUGGAGUUAGAGCAGAAGAAGAGCAGCGAAGCUAUAAAGGGAAUCCGUAAAUAUGAAAGACGCAUCAAGGAGCUCACAUACCAGACUGAGGAAGACCGCAAGAAUAUUGCGCGUCUGCAGGAUCUGGUUGACAAACUGCAGCUGAAAGUCAAAGCUUACAAGAGAACUGCUGAGGAAGCUGAGGAGCAGGCCAAUACUCAUCUGACCAAGUUCCGUAAGCUGCAGCACGAGCUGGACGAGGCUGAAGAGCGAGCCGACAUCGCUGAGUCUCAGGUCAACAAGCUGCGCGCCAAGAGCCGUGAUGUGGGCUCAAAGAAAGGGCUAGAUGAGGAGUGAAACUCACAGACGGCCACCUAAGAGCUUUGGGAUCUCCUGUGCUGUAGUCCCCUUUGUCUCCAAAGUAACUGUAGAAUAAAGCAAAGUGCAUCCAAGUUGUGUAGAGUCCUCAUUCAUUUCAACCAGGAACAAUGCUCCAUGUUAAGUUUAAGAUAGUCAGCAGAAGACAGACCUGUCAUAUAAUGUAUAGGUCAAAUUCAAUGGGCUCUAUUUUCCUGUUCACCAGAGCAAACACUUUGUAUGCAGUUUCCCUUGGGCACAGGUCUAUUUUUUUUUUUGCAUCUGUGCCUGUUUGGAAAUUUCCAGGCACCAAACGUACAUGUUUGCACCAAAGUGGAAGAAGAGGAGCAGCUUAGGCUGUCUUUGUGCUAAUUGGGUGGUGCAGUCCAAUAUUGUUUUCUCAUUUUGGAGCAAAACCUGCUCAGACCAUCUUGUUGCAAACGCAGAUGCAGGGAAAUUUGCGUGGCACACACAGAGACCUCUCCAAAAUCAAACAACUCUAAAUUAUUUAUUAAUUAUCUAAGUAUGGCCUCUUUCCAUUUGCUACAAUUUUUUCAUCUACUGCAGAUUCAUACACAUCAAAUUACAUCUUAAGACUUAAAAAGAUUACCAACAACGUUGUCUAGGAUCCACAUGAUCCUGUGACCGGGAGUUGUGCAGAAACGUCAGUGCUACUGUUCUGUGUCUUCCUAAUCGGAGUGGAAAGCUUUUAUUGACAGAUUAUGCACCACUGACACGGAGUGGAAACCUUCAUUAAUUAUUUAAAUCUUUUGGUGAGACACCGGGAUUUGAUGUGAACUGACCUUGUGCCUUUUUCUAAAUAACCUCCAAAUGCCACUUUGUAUUUGUAUGUUUUAAGAAAGGGAUAUUUCAUUAUCUUCAAGUGGAUGAAUAAGGAAGGAAGUCUUCCAAAUACUCUCAAAUAUGUUUCUUGUACUUUAAAGACAUAAAUCAGUGUUUUCAAAUAUGCAGAGGAGAAGAACAGCAGAGUUUAAAUUAAUUUGCCUCAAACUUAAUUGCUGCUGCACCAACGCACAUCAGCUGCCUGUCGAUGACAGCAUCGACUGACAGUAUAUUGUGGGCGAUGUAUAAAUAUUUUUGAGAUAUUGUGUAUUUUUAUGGAACUUCAGAUUGUUUCGUUCAUAGUCCUCAGUCUCUUGCCCUCGCUGCUGCUUUUAAAAGGGAAUGAGAUAAGCUCAUGAGAUUGGUCAUUACUGAAGCUCGCCCCGACUCCAUCUGUUGAGUCUGUAUUCUAUACACUAAUAAUGAAUUCAGCCUCUCCUUCAUGUUGUUGUGCCUGGUUUGUGUCAGCGCCUAUGGACACCAAAGUUGCAAAGAAAUGUCUGAUCAAGCUUAUUUGUGUUGGCGGAUUAUUUAUUCUGUCUGCAUCCUGUUUCAAGAAAAUAGAGCCCAGAAUGUUAAAAUUUCCAGCUUUCACUUUAUCACUAAUGAAAAAUAUCACCCAGUUUGUAAAUGUACAGUACUUCAGUAAAUUAAGACAGGGUUAGCAAUAGAAAGCUCAAAAGGAAGUGAAAACACACACACACACACACACA